GUCCUCUCCAGCUUGGCACAAUUUCCUCUCAUAAGCCAUCGUUGUAUCUUCAGUGUGCGUUCUUGCCCGCAACAGGCCUGAUUAUGCAGGGGCUCGGAAAGACAGACCGCGGAGACCAAGUUCGAGACAUGGACCUGACGUCGCAAAGAUCCACCAUGCCGGUCGGCGGUCCCCUGCAGGGUGGCUCGUCCUCUAACCUGAACAUGAACCUGUACGCCACCAAGAAGACUGCGGCCGAGGGCAUGCUGGACAUUGCUCUCUUCCUAGCGAACAUCACACACAUGAAGACAGUCAUCGAGCAAGGUGCGGGAUACAGAUACUACGCAGCCGUCCUGACUCUCAUCUCCUUCUCACUGGGUCUCCAGAUAGUCGCCGGGAUCCUGAUCAUAAUCAUAGCCCGGCGAGACCUCAACGACGAGGCCAACCACAAGCGCCUGGACAGCCUCAACAACAGCGCCACCGUCGUCAUCUUCCUUGUCUUCGUUACCAACAUCUUCAUUUCUGUUUUUGGGAUGGAGCGCACGGGCCUCUUUGCCAGGAUGCAUUUUUAAGAUACAGGGAAACACGUUUUACGGGCAAAUCUAAUCCACUAAUGACUAAUAAUGCUUUGCUGUCGUUUUUGUUUUGUAUAACAGGUUGGUUUGUGUGUGGCGCGCUGGCUCCCUCUAGUGGUGGACAGAGAAUCAAUGAAAUAUUGUUAUAGUCUGGCUUAAAAUUUUAACUACAUUUGUGAUGGAAACUUAAAAAUUAUUUUUACGAAUAGAACCUCUGCCUUUUUAUGAGCACUUAGGGCUACUAACUAAUUUACAUUAAUGGUCAUUAAUAAUGAUGAGGAAAAUGAAGCUUCAAAAUUGUUUCAUGAACCAGUUGUGUUUUUUUGACUCCUCUUUAUGGCACUGUUGGUUGAAAUAAAGCGGUUUAAUAUCGAUGUUGAACAGAGAGUGCCAUCUAGAGGAAUCCAAAAAUACAACAACUGGUUCAUGAAGCAAAUUUGAAGCUUCAUUUUCCCAUCAUUAUUUCAUGAUGGUGAUCCUUUAAAAACUUAGCAUUUUAUGAGUUGGAAGUUGCUGUAAAAAAGUUUGUAAACCCCUGCUAUGGACCAACCAUGCAUGUGUGUGUGUGUGUGUUCGCGUGUGUGU